AUGCCAAUCUCUCUUGUUACACGGAUACGCGGUAGAAGUUGGCUUUGCAAGAUCCAACAGUAUCAGCUACUCACCUUAGCAUUUCGGACCAUUAGGACAAGAAGUAUGAAAUUAGAAGGUCAGGAACGAAUCGAUUCCUUGAAGCCACUCCAGAGUACUGGUUGGACAGAGGUUGAAGGAAGAGAUGCCAUCUAUAAAGAAUUUUUGUUUAAAAAUUUCAAUCAGGCUUUUGGAUUUAUGAGCAGAGUAGCUUUACAAGCUGAAAAAAUGGAUCACCAUCCAGAAUGGUUUAAUGUUUAUAACAAGGUCCAAAUUACACUGAGUACACACGAUUGUGGUGGUCUGUCCGAAAAAGACGUCAAAUUAGCUGAUUUUAUCGAGAAGGUUGCAUCAUUUUCUUAAAAUGGGGGCAAGCAAGGCUUUAGGUUCAUGUAGUCUUUUGUGUUAUGUAGCAUGCAUGACGUACCUUGGAUAUCUAGCCCACUACUUUGCACAGGUUUUCUCUGUACAGUAAUCUACUUGUACGCUGCACGUAGAACCAGGGGAUAAUAAUAUAACUGAAC